AUGCAGGCUCCAUCCACCCACUCCAACGUGGUCACCGACCCAUUCUCGGCUAUCUACAAGGCUCGGCCAGGCGAACUGCCAACAUCCCUAUCGAUCGAAAGCUACCACAACAAACGAGUCGAACAACAGGAAGCUCUUCUUGACCAACAAUCAGCCGACCAUUCUUCACUCGCCUCAAAAACAACUGAGAAAUCCGACCAUUCUUCAUCGAACCGACUACAGAACGUCUUCUGUCCCUCCCUCGCCGGCGAGAGAGAUAGAGGGGUACGCAAACGGAUGCUCAGUAACCCGGAGAGCCUCCUACCUCCACCCCCAAUGAACACUAGCGGCUCAAUAAGGCCUUCAUCAAAACUAUCAGCUUCAACAGUCGUUCACGAUCCGGACGAUGUCAACAUAACUAAAGAUACACAAGAAGAGGUCGAUUCGAAAAAGAAGUUUCAGUUUCCAGCCGAGACUGCAAACCCAAACCCUUUCGAGUCUUCAUUUCAUACCCCACCCCGCCGAUGUGGGAUCUUCUUCUCUCCACCGAGGAGCUUGGAUACUCUCACUUCAAAGCGAACGAGAUCCGAAAACUUCACCAGAAGUGCUCAUCGUCUGCAACCCUCCGAGGAAGAGACCGAAGCAACACUUAGAUCGGAGAGCCACCACCGCUUUUCUUCUGCCUUUUCCCGUGCGAUCAUUCGCGGUGAUAUUUGUCUUGAUCUCGACAGUCAAGAUCUCCAUACGAUUCCCGACCUUGAGAAACUGGUAGAGGAGCAAAAAACUGUAGUUGGUCAUUUGCAGGAUAAGGUGAAAGUGAUGGCCCUGAUCGAGAAGAUGGUAAAUCCGAGUGGGACGAGCGAAAGUGGAGGGGUCCGACAGUCGCUAACGCGGGUGAAAUCGGCGCCAUCAGUCUCGUUUGCACCACGCUCUACCGCCUCGCUGUUCCUGUCGAACAACCAGUUGACCUCAAGUCCUUUUGGUCAACUCGACCGGAUCUGUUACUUUCAAGGACUCGAACAACUAAGUUUACGCUCGAAUCGACUGACCGAAAUCCCGGAAGCGAUUGGGAAGCUCAAGAACCUGAAAGUUUUGAAUCUCGCUUACAACCAGCUCGAGUUCCUGCCCUCCUCAAUCCUCAAGCUAACCGAUUGUAAGCUGCUCCUGAACGGCAAUCCCUGGCUUAAGCCUCCCCUUCCUCUCGACAGCUCCUCUCCACUCAAGACUACUUUGGGGAACCGGACGGUCCAACAAUUCAGAUGGCUCUCGGAAUCCCAGGGGGUCUUUUACUUCUCUCCACCCGCAAGGACGCUUGUACCCAUCGACGAUUCACUACCAGCUCCGCUCCCAAGCUUACUCGAAACGUGUAUCCGAAAGAUAUGCAUAAGCAAGGAUCUCAGCGGCAAAGCCGAGACACUAAUUGGACAAGAUGAUGAUGAUGAUGAUGAUGAUGAUCUUGUCCAUGAUCACUUGUGUCCCCCUUCUUCAUCCACCGAGUCUCCUCAUCGGUCUACAGAACUUACCACCCUCUUACCCGCCCGAAUUCAGAAAAUCAUCAAGCAACCUGCCUCAUACUUCUAUCGCUGUGAUCUGUGCACCACCAAGUUGGUCUUGAAACCCGGCGCGCUCCCCCAUCCCCCUUCGACUCAAACCUCUCCCCAUCCCCGACACGCUUUCCAAUUCAGAACCCUCGGCUUGCUCGGCCUCUUACCCUUCCCCCAACCCCAAUCUCAUACUCCUGAUCAAAAGAUCGAACUCGAUCAUAAUAACUUUAUUCCCAUUCGCUGGAAUAUAUGUAGUCUUAACUGUUGCAUCGAGCAUCUCAUUAAUACUUAACACCCUUCUCCUUUGCUCCAUAUUUCUUCCGUUUUGCUUGUAUUAACAACUCUGUCAAUAUCAUCAUCAUUAACUCUCACAUUUUUUUAGAUUUAUUAUUACUAUUAUUAUCCUUAGCAUUGUUGUUAUUUUAACCAACUUGAAGCAGAUCUCUUUCUAACCUAUUGGUUGUAUAAAAUACUUAUCAUAACAUAAACAUUUAUUUCCUUUUUUUUCCUUUUCCUUUUUUGAAUCCCUCUUCUCUCUCUCUCUUCCUCUUUGGAUUUCUUCUUAUCUGAUAAGUGUAUAUCUGCGCUCAUGUACUUUUCUUGAUCAAGCAACAUUUUCACCUUUU